GUAUAUCCUAAAUAUCUUAUUGUAGAUGUGAAACGAGCACUGAAGCGCACAAGUUAUAUAGUGACAAAAGAAUAUUGUGACAAAGAUGAAGUAUUUUUACAUGUUGUUUUUGUUUGCUGCCUCGUUAGAAGUGAGUUUUGGAUGCCCUCUGGAAUGCAGUCAAGUGACAUGUGCACAGAGUUUCAAUCCAUUUGAUUGCCCAUCAAACACUCUGUACUCCAACACUGCUGCACUAUGCGGUUGUUGCCCAGGAUGUGUCCGGCUUAAAGGACCCAAUGAAGUGUGUCAAAGUAACACCAACUUAACCUUUGAUGUGACAAACUUUUACACGGUAAAGGGAUCAAUUAUCCUGAAUGCAACUGAUGUUCCACCUGUUGUGGCAUCUCAAGAAUGUGCUCCAGGAUUGACCUGUGACAACAGCCGAUGUUCUAAUUCCAAAUACACGUGCACCACGCCAGACAUCAGCAACUCGAAAUGGUCGCCCGAAUGCGAUAUCGACGGAUCCCACAAGGCGUUGCAAUGCAAAUCCAACGGAGCUGAUCCUCGCUGCUUCUGCUACAGCAAGGAAGGCAAACGCAUUUUUGGCUCCGACUGGAACACGAAGGAAAAGCGCGACAAAAUGAAAUGCCAAUGCGCCAGACUGGUUGAUAACCUCAUCAAGAACCAGGAGAAGGACGGCUAUAAAAACAACGACCUCACCUAUCACUGCUCAUCCAACGGCAAUUUCGAGCCCCUACAGUGCAACCGUGGAAUGUGUUACUGUGCCAACACGCAAACGGGCCAGCCCGUCUCAUUCGUCGUCAACGCUCAAAUGUGGAAAACGCUGCCCUGCUAUAACGCGACCACCAUGGGAUUCGAUUACCUCAAGAUUUGCGACAGUCAAGCCAACGCGUUGGCUCUAAUCAAGAAAGAGAUGCGCUACCACGGAGGUAAUCCAAUCACGCUGGCAGCCCCGCAAUGCGACCCCGACGGAUCCUUCUACGCUAAGCAGUGCGACGGCAACCAGUGCUACUGCCGCUCACGUGCAAACGAAAAUAUCGGGACUUACUCCACCCAGCUCAACACGGACCCGGAGGUGACGCAAGAAUGCCUUUGCGCUCGUGACAAAGUGAUUUUUCAGGAUGCCAAUAAAGCGCACGAAUACAUUUGCAACAGCGGAGGCGAUUACGAGCCCAUGCAAACGAUCGGAGGCUCCGCCUUUUGCAUGGAUCGCGACGGUUUCAUCACCUCUGAAUACGUGCCAGUCGCAGACAAGUGCACUCUACCGUGCAAAACCGCCGAGAUGUGUCCGAUUCGCUAGGAGAAAACCUUGAUUGCCCAUAACAAAAUAUAUGUAAUAAUAAUUUACGCAGUUUGUAUAACGUCAACACACACAAAAAUCGAAACAAUAAAUCUUGAAAAAUA